ACAUUAUCAUAGGAGUAUUUCUUUUUCCUUUCCUUUUACUAUUUUUGUCCGCGUAGACAUCACUCAACCAAUCACAUCAAACCACGUAGUAUCCAAACCCUUUUUUUUCACUCCCACACACUUAUAAACGUGCGACACUUCCAACCUCACCAUGGAGUACCUAUAUAAUAUCCUACCUCCCUCUUCCGCCACAAUUCAAUGUUACUAGAACCUUCCCACAAGUAUAUCUCAAAAAUUUCCCAAAAAUGUCUCAUAUCUCAGAUUUCAAUUAACAUAAAACCCUAAUUCUCUCUCUCUCUCUCUCUCUCUCUCUCUCUUUUAUUUCUUCACCGAUUCUUUCUCUAUUCAAUCGAUCAAUCAAUGGCUAUCUAUCAGGGUCCUGGAUUCCGAUUCCACCCUACGGACGAAGAAAUCGUUUGUUUCUACUUGAAACGAAAACUCACCGGAAAUUUACCUUCGUGUUUUGAUCAUCUCGCCGUUAUCGAUAUCUACAAGUUCGAGCCCUGGGAUCUUCCAAGUUUGUCUAAGUUGAAAACUAGGGAUUUGGAAUGGUACUUUUUCACUGGGCUGGACAAGAAGUAUGGUAAUAGUAUCAGGACGAACCGUGCUACUGAUAGAGGUUACUGGAAGACUACUGGCAAGGAUCGUGUUAUCAAGAAUGGGGAGGUUACUGUUGGAAUGAAGAAGACUCUUGUUUAUCACUUGGGUAGGGCUCCACAUGGUGACAGGUCAAAUUGGGUUAUGCAUGAAUAUAGGAUGAUUGAUGAAUCAUUGGCAAAAGCUGGAGUGCAGGAUGCAUAUGUUCUGUGUAGGAUAUUUGAGAAGAGUGGUUCGGGGCCGAAGAAUGGGGAGAAAUAUGGGGCACCCUUUGUUGAAGCUGAAUGGGAGAAUGUUGUUGAAGGACAAGCGCUUCCUUUGCCGCCUGUUAACAACGAGGUUGUUUUGAAACAAGAAGUGUCUGCUCAUGCUCCUGAUGUCAAUGAAUGGGUGAACUCCUUGGUGGCUGUUGAUAAUGAACCUUUCAAACAACUGCCUGCUCCCGUUGAUGAUGAUUUUGUUGAAACCCUUGACCUUGAUCAGGAUCUUGAUACUAGUGACACAGUUGGAAGCGCUGAUCUUCCAUCAAACUACUGCUAUGGGGAGUCUAGUAACCUUCCUCAGUAUUCCCAAGCAUUUAUUAAUGAUAAUAAGCAAUUGGAAGCUGCUGUUGGUAUUUAUGAUAAUCAGGUUGAUCAACCUGAUAAUAUGGCUGAUCUAUAUGGUGUGAAUAUUGACUCAGUGCAAGAUGGAUACAAUGGUGAGACAACCCAUAAUGAGAAUCCUCUGAAUUUCAAUUUUACAUCUGAAGAUCCAGAUCUAUAUUUUGAUGCCUCUGCUUAUCUCACGGGUUUGGGUGAAGAUUUGGGUGAAGAGUACCUUGAAACUAAUGAUAUUAGGAAUCUUAACGAAGUUGUUCCCUCUGAGAUAGAUCCUUCUGUUGCAGCAAUGGUAGAUGAGUAUCUUACCUACCCUGAUGAAGAUAUUUCCAAAUAUAUAUGCUUCGAUUCUCCUAUGAAUGCAGGGAGUGAAAGCCUCAUUGCCAACUAUGGACAACCUUUGAUUGAUCAGAAUCUGGAGGGCGAAACCAAUGGUAGUUCCUUGCCAAACAAACAUCUUUUUGAAGCACAGUCUAGCAAUAAAGUUUUGCCAAACAACGAUCUUGAUGGAUCAAACUGGGUUUCAGAUGAUGCAAAUUAUUUUGUGAAGCAAGCCAAUAAAUAUUUAGCCCACAUACCAGCUCCACCUGCAUUUGCUUCAGAGUUUCCUGCUAAGAAGUUUGCUCUUGGGAUGCAUUCUGGAUCAGAGGCUUCCAGUUCAGCUCAUAUAGCUGCAGGUAUGAUCAGCAUAACAGACAUUACUUUUAGAGGCAACACAAUGGAUUGGAUGGUGGGCAAGAAUGGAGGUUUUAACACCAUAAUGUCUACUGGGUUUCCCCAACCUGAUGUUAACUCUCCUACUAUGGUUCCUCUCUCUGGCUUGAUCUGUAGCAAAACUGCACUUGUGUUAUCACAUGGUUGGCUUUUCUUAACGGGUUUCUCAGUUGUGAUUCUUUCACUCAGUUUCAAGAUUGGAUGCUUCAUGUAUACGGGUAAAUGACAAAUGCAAGGUUGGCUUCGAUAGAAUAAUCCGCAGUCAGUUAAGUAUGGUUUGUUUGAUGGCACUCAUUAAAUGACUUCCAUGACUUUGUAGAUUUAUUUACGGUAAUUUAGUCAUACCGAUUCAUUGUAACUUAAAUGUUUUUUUUUUUUUGGUUUCAAGAGUGCAAACAGAAUUAUUUGAUACAAUUAGUUAUACAUAUUAGUAACUAUUUACCUCAAUA